AUGAACAGUCUUCAACUGUGGUUUGUUCUACUGAUCAUUUCGUUGCUGGUCAAACGUAGGUGUAGCUCGGACAUCACUGAAAAAAUUUUAGGCUGUAAAACCUAUCCUUUGCCGGUAUAUUGGGAGGAAUGGUCGUCCGAGGAGUUUGAUGUAGUUGAGCCAGUUCCGGUUUACGCGCCGGCGAAUGCGGGCUAUCCAUACUACGUUCCGGUCGUUGUGGAUCCGUUGACCGGCUUGCUGAAUACGAUUUUAUAUGCCGUUGGUUUUUACUAA